AUGUCGACGCAGCCACUCCUCCAACGUACCGCUGGCAAGCGCAUCGCGCUUCCAGUGCGUGUCGAGCCCAAGGUCUUCUUUGCCAACGAGCGAACUUUCCUGUCAUGGCUCAACUUCACCGUCACGCUCUCCGCUCUCGCCGCGGGGUUGCUCAACUUUGGUGACCGCAUCGGUCGCAUCUCUGCUGCCAUGUUCUCGUUUGUUGCGAUGGCGAUCAUGGUCUACGCCCUGCUCACGUACCACUGGCGAGCGAGCGCGAUCCGCAACCGCGGCAGCGGGCCGUACGACGACAGGUUGGGCCCCACCGUCCUCAGCGUCAUGCUGUUGAUCGCUGUGCUGGUCAACUUUAUCCUCCGAUUCAACGCCUGA